CAUUUCGCACAGCCCCACAGCAGCUUGCCUGUCAGAUGUGAAGCACUCGUGGGAUCUAGGGUUCCAAGAAUCCUCAUAGAGCCUAGGUUGACGAGAACUGCAAUUUAUUUGAAACAUCAGGCGAGAUAUUAUCUGCAAUUUGCGAUUAUCUGCAAUCCUCGCGCCUCUUGGUAUUUCGAGCGUUCGCAGCUGUGGUGGAGAGCGGUUCCGCUCGCGUUAUCGUAGUUCUCGCCUGCGGUUGUUAUACGCGUUAUUGAAGGUUACCUUAGGGUUUCUGCGGUCCUGUUGAAGGCCCCAGGCCCAAGGGCAUCUAACAGUAACUCGUCCCACUUGUGCCUAGUGCUAGCCCGCAGCAAAUACAUCACGCUCAGCAUCCUUCCCUGCACGUCCACCAUGGUUGCUUGCACGACCAGCGUGCUUGCGCUGCAUCCAGCUCCCUGCGCAGCGACCUUCGGCUUCUCCACCCGACUGCCUGCUGCUGCGCUCUGUUCUGCUCAACCCAGCCGACAAUGCGCCAGUAGCCAGCCGCUGGUUUCCCCACGCGCUGGUCCGGCGCAGCCAGGUUUCGAGGGGAGUCGGGUGCAAGCAUGGCAGCCGGUUUCGGGGAGUAGACGAGUGGUUGCGGCUCAUGCCAGGCGGAAGAGAAAGAACCCACAACCAGAUAAGCUCAUGGAUGGUGUAGAGCAGCUCGUCGACGAGCAAGACAUAGAAAGAGUCGCAGCAUCACCGCAGCCCUCAGCUGAUGACGUGGCAGCAGGGGAGCUGUCUCUGGACUGCAACCGCUUCCUGAUUGGCCGUAGCAUGAUCAACGACCGUGUGAGCGACCACGAGGAGGGAAUCACAUGGCUUCGGUCGGCGCCCCGCCUGCUGUGGGUGGCGCGGGAGAGGCGGGCCGAGGCUGAUGCAGCUGACAGGCAGAGAAGGAGGGAGUAGGGGGGAUGGAAGAGAACCUUUCACCCUAGGUUUGGGACAAAGGAAUGUAUGUUCUCCACUGGAAUAUUCAUCAGGAUGGCGAAGGUACCAUUUCUUAUGACAAGAGGUUACCUUUGUUAUGACCGCGUGAGCAACCAUGAGGCAAUCAUGAGGCUUUGGUCGGUGCCCCGCCUGCUGUGGGUGGCCUGGGAGAGGCGAGCCGAUGCUGAUGCAGCUGACAGGCAGAGGGAGUAGGGAUCAUCAUGGGCAAGAGAUGGGUUUCACAUUGUCAGUCUGUUCCUUCUCAUACUAAACGAGACGCGAGUGGUGUGAGCAUUUUGAGAGAUCCGGAGAUAAAUACGUUGUACAGUGUGCAUGUGCUUUCUCUCACAUCAACUUUUGCCUUGUGUACUAGUGCCUUUCCUGCUUUUGUG